CUUUAGUAUCUAUGGUGAUUUAUAAGUCACAUGAAUGGGUCGAUCACGAUUGGUGGGCUGUAUCAGGAAACCGGUCACAGCCUCAGCACCAAGAUGAGGUUUUUGCACAUUAUGUCACAGGCAGCUCUGGGUACCGUUGGAGACCCGGGCCUCCUCUCUGCGAGUUCCACCCGCGGCAAAGGUUACGGAGCUUAUGUCCAAUUCAAAGCGAUGGGAAUAGCAUCGUGUGAUUCAGCUGGAAUUGGGCAGAGUCCCAGCAAAGCACCUGUGCUCAGCUGUCAGACGGUUCAGAGUGCGACGCUGCUGCCAUCUCUGCAGAGGAACAACAGGCUCUGUGACAAAAGGUUCCCACGACGCUGCCCGAGGGACCCCAAAUGUCGAGGCAGGCAGGGGAUGGAAGAAAGCUAUGAGACAUUUGAAGAGGAGUUAGGGCCACCAAGAGCAGAUCCUCCUCCACAGAAGCCUGUUCGACAGAUCCGCAGACCAGAAAUGUACGCCACAAGGAAAGUCAGAGAGGAAAUGCCUCCAGUUCCACAGCAACCAAGAGCAGAACCCAGGACUUUACCCAGAGAGCCCAGCUUCCCCAGACAAACGUCCAUUCCCAAAGCCUCAUCCAUCCAAAACCCGGUGCAGAUUGAGACGCCGUGGGAGAACGUCACCCUCAACCGCUGCCUGUUUGUGGCGAUCACCAUACUGGUGCUCACCUCAGGCUGUCAGAGGCUCAACGAAACUCUGCGGGGUCAGCCGGCAGCAGAGGAGGAGGAGGAAUAUGGACUGACAGCGAGGCGGUCGGGCGCAUUACGACACAGAGUCCAGCCAGCAGAGCCCGAGACGUCUCUGUGGGAAGUCAUGCUGUGGUGGCUGCCAGACCUCGAUGAUGAUGAAGACGAUGAGGAGGAAGGCGAAGAUGGAGAAGUCAAAAGAGGAAAGUCAAAGAGAGGAGCAGCGGCACAAACAUCAAGAGGUCUCAGAAAUAAGCCACUGCCAGUGAAAAACCUCAUGAGGAAAAGAGAGGGGAAAUUGAAGCACAGGCGAGCCAAGAAAGGCAAGGACGAAGAAAUCAAAGACAAGAAAGAAAAAGAUAAAACGGAGGAACCCAAAGAAGCAGCAGACGAUGAAGAGGAGGAGGAAGGAAACGAGGAGGCUGUGCCCAAGAAGAACAAAAAGUUGGAGGAACAGAAAGAGAAGAAAAAGACUCAGACGGGAUGAGUGGAGUCUUUGUACUGUGGCAGACCGAUUCAUUUUUGAACAGUUCAACUGAAAUGAUUUGAUAGCAUUCAUUAAAAGGCGGCCAUGUUGAAUUCAGUGUCAA